AAUUGAUCCACCAAUGAGUUUCGCGCGGCAAGGUAAAAUUUAGAGCGUUCCUUGUUUAUAACAUUCAAUGGACCAAAACCUUGAACGUUUCAACGCCCACCAUUGCUUCUCUGUUUUCUCUCUCUCUCUCCAAUUUCCAACAAACUCACGAGCAAUUCAUUCCUCUAUUGCUCUCCCUGCACUUCUUUCAUCCCUUUAAAUUUCAUAUCGUGAAACCCCAUAUUCCUGUUCCUAUUCUUGCUCCAUAGGUUAUAUUAGUAUAUUUUCUUCUUUUCAUUGUUGUGAAUUGGAAGCAAAAACCUUUUCUUGCGCUAUACACACCUUUGGAUUCUCGUUCUACUUUUCUAACGUGGGUUUGAAUUCUUUUCUUCCAAUAUCAUUUGCUGUAUAUGGAUAUCUUUGAUUUGAGAUAGCUCAAAAAGUCAACUACGUAGCAGAGAAGGUCAUGCAUCAGACUCUAUUGUGAGGCAAUGGACAGCCCGAUCAUAGGCAAGCGCCGCAUCCAAUUCUGGUUCGUUGUCUUAGCCUCUUUUCUUUUGUGGUUGUUCAUUCUUUAUAUCUUUCAUUCGGCUCCAAUUGUUGCCAAGCCCGGGGUCAUCUUGGUAGGUGAUAACCUUGCCAAUUCUGUCAAUUUUGGAGACUCUAAUUCUGUUCUUCUGCCUGGAAAUUCCAAUGAAAGUGUUGACAGAUUGCCUAAUAAGGGUAAUUUUACUAGUGAAGAAACUAAGGAUUUUGUAGAGCCUAUAAAAGAUACAAAUGUCAAAGAUGUUGCUGUAAAGGAAAAAAAUGCCACAGAAAAUUGGUUCAAGUAUAAACCCUUCAGCAAUUUUUCUGCUGGGGAUUAUGGGCUUGAAAAUUUUGAUCACGUAGUGGUUUCUGAGAGACAGGUGCAUCUCAAUAAUCAAACUGACCUUGCAGAGAAUGAAGUUCAGUUUGUUAGCCAGGUUCCUAAUUCAGAGACGAAUAAAGAAGAAUCAGAUGAUGAAGUGGCUAUUAGUCAGAACGGGUUUGAACCAACUGGUUCACUUUCCAUGGUGGAGAACAGAAAUGAGAGCAUCACCAAAGAGCCUAGUAAUGAGGAUGUUGAUUCUGAGUCUGAUUCGUGCUUGGGUAGAUACAUAUACGUCCAUGAUCUUCCUAGCCGGUUCAAUGAAAACUUGCUCAAGCAUUGCCAGUUACUUACUAAUUGGACUGAUAUGUGUCUCUUUACAUCAAAUGGGGGUCUUGGUCCUCGUCUUCCAAAUUUUAACAGGGUCUACUCAAAAACUGGUUGGUUUGCAACAAACCAAUUCUUGUUAGAAGUCAUUUUCCACAACAGAAUGAAACAGUAUAAGUGCUUGACAAAUGACUCAUCAUUGGCUUCAGCAAUCUUUGUACCAUAUUACGCCGGCCUGGAUGUUUCUCGCUACCUUUGGUAUUCAAACACAUCAAUGAGAGAUGCUGCUUCUCUUGAACUUGUCAAGUGGCUCAGAGAAAAACCUGAGUGGAAGAAGAUGUGGGGUAGAGAUCAUUUCUUAGUUGCUGGAAGGAUUACUUGGGAUUUCAGGAGAAUGGGAAAAAAUGAUUCUGAUUGGGGUAAUAAGCUUAUGUUAUUGCCUGAAUCAAGGAACAUGACGGUGUUAAUAAUCGAAUCAAGCCCUUGGGACAACAUUGACUUUGCUAUACCAUAUCCAACAUACUUUCAUCCUUCAAAUGACAAUGAAGUGUUUCAGUGGCAGCACAGAAUGAGGAGGCAGAAAAGGCGGUUUUUCUUCUCUUUUGCCGGUGCUCCAAGACCUAAACUUCAAGAUUCUAUUCGUAAUGAGAUUAUUGAUCAGUGCCGGGCUUCGCGGAAGAAAUGUAGGUUGUUGGAAUGUAAUGGUCGUGUCAACAGGUGCUACAAGCCAGUGUAUGUGAUGAAAAUGUUUCAAAGUUCUGUGUUCUGCUUACAACCUGCAGGGGAUUCUUUCACUAGGCGGUCUACUUUUGAUUCAAUUUUAGCAGGGUGUAUUCCUGUGUUUUUUCAUCCAGGUUCAGCUUAUGUCCAAUACUUAUGGCAUUUACCAAAGGACUAUACCAAAUAUUCAGUGCUUAUACCGGCUAACAAUGUCAAAAAUGGGAAAGUCAGCAUCGAGAAGAUAUUAAGUCGAAUUCCAAAAGAGAAGGUGCGAGCAAUGAGAGAGGCGGUUAUAAGGCUGAUUCCAAAGGUAACAUAUGCUGAUCCAAGAUCUAGGUUGGUGACAGUUGAGGAUGCAUUUGAUGUUACAGUUAAGGGUGUUCUUGAUAGAGUAGAGAAAAUUAGGAGGGAAAUGAGGGAGGGGAAAAAUUCUAGCUUUAGUUAUCCAGAGGAAUUGAGUUGGAAGUAUAAUUUGUUUGGGACAUUGGGGGAGCAUGAAUGGGAUCCUUAUUUUGCUAGAACAUAGAAUGUAAACGCUGUACAAACAGGUUACAUUGUAGUUUGUAAUUGUACUUAGGAUCAUAAUCAUUGUUGUUAUGGAGACACAUGUAU